UCUACGGUGGUCGUUGAAACUCUGAGCUAGGCAAACGCGGUGGGUGAUUCGCGGUGUAACACCGUUUAAACCUAUCCGUUGCAGAAAAAGCAACGUACCCGCGUACGUAACGUUCGGUUAUAAUGUCGGUUUCCAACAAUUCCUAAAGUAUUAUUUUAUUUUAUUUUUUUUAUAUCACCUACACACAGGAAUAUACUAUACAAAUACGGUACUUGCGAGUAAUUUUAGUUUUUAUCAAAAAAAGUUGUCACAGACCGACGGAUAUAAGCCACCGACGGACCGUACGUACGUAUCUCGUUACAUUUAUCAGAGCCGAUGAUAUAAAAGAUAUAUAGAAAAAUACGAGAAACCGGUGCAGUAAUAUUAUACGCGACAGGUUUAUUGUUGCAUAAGGUCGGUGUAAAUAGAAGAAGCGAGGACGUCACGUGCGAUCGUUACGAUGAUGCUACCGAAAGUGUCCACCGAGUUGACUUCUCAAUUUCACGAUGAAAAUUUAUCCGAUCACUUCAAAUUCGAUCUGCCGAUCGGCAAAGGGGUCAUCGUCGAUGGGAAGAAGUCGAGGGUUCCUUCUUUUCGCAGGAACCGCAAAAACUAUGAAAUCUCCUUCACAAACGUCCUGCGAUUUCCAUCGGUCAGCAUUUUCAUCGUCGCAUUAUUAUUCUGCUUUGAUAUUUCGAAUGGGGAAGUGUUCACGAACACGUUUUUGGUAAAAAUGAGGCGACCGGCCGACGCCAGUCUCGCUGAUCACAUCGCUACCAGAAAUGGAUUCGUCAAUCUUGGGUCGGUGCUGGGAAGUAAAACUGAGUACCACUUCGAGCACCGUGCUUUACCACACGCCAGAACUAAGAGAUCCGUCCCUCAUACGAGAAGGCUGAAGGUCGAUCCGAUGGUGCACACCGCGGUUCAGCAAUCUGGAUUCAAGCGAGUGAAACGUGGUUUCAAAUCCCUGAGUAUCGAUCAGCUGGUACCUUUGCAGCAGAUAAACAAUGCGGAUAAUCGAGAUCCGACUGACCCCUACUUCCAGUAUCAAUGGUACUUGAAAAACACUGGACAAAAUGGAGGAAAGCCAAAGUUGGACCUGAACGUCGAAGCUGCGUGGGCUCAGGGGGUAACCGGAAAAAAUGUUACGACCGCCAUCAUGGACGACGGAGUCGAUUACAUGCACCCUGAUUUGAAGUACAAUUACAACGCCAAGGCUUCCUACGACUUCAGCAGCAACGAUCCGUACCCCUAUCCGAGGUACACGGACGAUUGGUUCAACAGUCACGGUACAAGAUGCGCCGGAGAAGUGGCGGCUGCCAGAGAUAACGGAGUUUGCGGUGUCGGCGUUGCCUACGAUUCGAAAAUCGCUGGCAUACGGAUGUUGGAUCAGCCGUACAUGACGGAUUUGAUCGAAGCUAACAGUAUGGGACACGAGCCGAAUCUAAUCGACAUUUACAGCGCCUCUUGGGGGCCGACUGACGACGGAAAAACCGUCGACGGUCCCAGAAAUGCGACCAUGAGAGCGAUCGUGCGAGGAGUGAACGAGGGUCGAAAUGGUUUGGGAAAUAUUUACGUUUGGGCAUCGGGUGACGGUGGAGAGGAGGACGAUUGCAAUUGCGACGGUUAUGCGGCGAGUAUGUGGACCGUGAGCAUCAACAGUGCCAUCAACGACGGUCAAAAUGCCCAUUACGAUGAAAGCUGUUCGAGCACUUUAGCCUCCACAUUCAGCAACGGCGCUAAGGAUCCCAACACCGGGGUGGCGACGACGGACUUGUAUGGAAAAUGUACUACAACUCACAGCGGAACUUCUGCCGCCGCCCCCGAAGCCGCCGGUGUUUUCGCUCUAGCGUUGGAGGCUAACCCUCAAUUGACUUGGAGAGACAUUCAGCAUCUUACGGUUCUAACUUCGAAAAGGAAUUCACUUUUUGACGCUAAAGGAAGAUUUCACUGGACCAUGAACGGCGUCGGUUUGGAAUUCAAUCAUCUUUUUGGCUACGGUGUUUUGGACGCCGGAUCGAUGGUCGCGUUGGCCAAAAAAUGGAAAACCGUUCCGCCGCGUUACCACUGCGAAGCUGGAUUCGUCGUUCAACCAAUGGAAGUUCCAAGCGAUCGAUCAAUCCUUCUGAAGAUCAAAACGGACGCUUGUGCGGGUACAGAUUACGCUGUCAACUAUUUGGAACACGUUCAAGCCGUGAUAUCUGUAAACGCUACCCGUCGUGGUGACGUGGAAUUGUUCUUGACAUCGCCGAUGGGAACGAGGUCCAUGAUUCUGAGCCGGAGAGUUAACGAUGAUGACCGUAGAGACGGUUUUACAAAAUGGCCCUUCAUGACGACCCAUACAUGGGGUGAAUAUCCUCAGGGAACCUGGCUUUUGGAGGUGAGUUUCAAUUCGAAAGCACCGCAGCACGGUUGGAUAAAAGAAUGGACGUUGAUGCUUCACGGAACUCGAGAACCUCCGUAUACGGGUCUCCCCGCGGCUGAUCCGCACUCGAAGUUAGCCAUCGUUAAAAAAGCCCACGAAGAAAGAUCCACAGGAAUGUAACUGACGCCCAGAUUAUCGAUCACAAGAGAAACCGAAAGAAGGAUAGAAAGGGAAGAGAGCAAACAGAGGGAACCGUAAGAAACUUCACGCGGUGCAAGACCAGACAUCACCACCUGCUUUUCAAUUUCCGCGAUUAAAACGCCGAUGGUAAAUUUGAAAAAAUAAAUAAAUAAAUUGAAUAACAAAUAUAUCAUAAUUCCGAAUAAAUGCUAUGCUUUAUCGAAAUGAAUAUUAUUUAUUUAUUCAUUUAUUUGAACCUUAGUUUGUGCUUGAUGUUAUUUUUUUUUUCUUCAUAUUCUACUUUUCUUUCAACCCAAAGUCCACAUCAAAUCUUUUAUAAAACGAACGGGAUAUCCGUGAUGCCUAUAAAUUUCAGAAAGAAAACGUUCGUCUGAGCGAGUCCAAAGUUUUUUUUAAACAAAAUAUUUUUCACGGUUGAUAAAUUUUUAUAUAUAUGUUUACAUUAAGAGAAUGAAUAAAUCAAACAAAUAAGCUGUAAUAUAUGAUCUAUGAGUGCAUACGAUAUACACGUAUAUAUACACAUAUAUAUAUAUAUGAAGAUUUAUAUUUCAUAUUUGUGCAAAAGAACAAAAAAAAAAAAAAAGUAGCAAAUCGACGUUUCUCAGAAUCCGAUUCGUGGACCAAAGAUAUUAUACUGCAAAAAGCUUAUAAGAGCUUAUCAUUUAUAAUACUAUACUUUUUUCCUAUCAGAAAAUAAAGAAUAUAAAAAAGUUAGGAAGAAAUAGAAUCUGUCUGCAAUAACCGAGGAAUCGUGAUAAUUAUUUAUAUACUAUAUUUAUUCGUACGAUGAAUCGCUGGAAAGUUUGUCCAAUGAAUUUUUUAUAUUUUAUAUUCCAAUUACAGAUUCGAACGAUAAAUUUUCUCCGCAAGUUUUUUCCACAAUGGAACUGAGGGCGUCAGAAUGCUCACUGAUUGUGAUUUUUAUUUUUCCCAAUUCAUUCGGCAAUAUUGCUGGUUGAAAAUCGAUUGACAAACAAAUAACUAAGUACUAGUCAAAUGAAAAACUUGCUUUCUCUUUUUUCAUUGCAUGCGCUGCGGGAUAAAAUUUUUUGCGAUAAUUGUUGUUGUUAAACAUUAUUAUUACUAUUAUGAUGAUUAUUAUUAUUCUGACAUUGUUAAGUAAUUAAUACCUGAAGUAUAUAAAUUGGUUUUCCAAUACUUAAUAUACUAUAAAGAUAAAUAAAUAGAUUCAUCUCCUACUAAAAUGAAAAACUCUGCAUUGCUGGGUGAGGAAGGCUGUUUCGGAAAAUGGGAUCGCAUAUUUAUUUGCAGAGGUUGGCUUCUCAAUUUCGUUGCAGCCUUCGAUCGAAUGAAUAAAAUAGAAAACUUGUGAAAAACGAAACGAAAAAAAAGGAAAUGAAAAAAUAAUAAAAAAGAAGAGCAGCAUUACAACAUGUUUACUAUGAGUUUCUGAGAGCAUAUUAUAUAGUAAACAGCAUGUUAGUACAUAGAAAAUAAAAUUCUACUAUAUCGUAUUAACAAUUGAUUCGAAUAUAAAUAUACUUAUAUAAAAGUACGAAAGAAGUAAAGAGAAAAAAAACUAAAAAUAAAAUAAAGAAACAACUAACAGCCAAAAAAAAAAAAUUCAACUUCUGCAAAAUGGUCCAAAAAUUGAGUCGUACGUACGUACGUACGUUCACUAUUAUUAUAAUUAUUAUCAUCAUCAAUAUAUUGUUAAUUAUACGAACGAUUAUAUUAUUAUAUGAUUUAUAUUUAUAAAUAUAUGUUAGUUUUUCGAUAUACUGUUAUUCAAGAACUGUAAUAUACGAUCUAUUAUCAUAGAUAUAUUCGUCAAUGUAUCUAUGAUAUUAAAUUGAAUUAUACAUACAUAUAUAUAUAAAUGUAUAUCGACAUAACAAUGAUAAUAAGAAUAUUUCAUCGUUAUGAGAACUUAGGAAGGAGAAAUAAAAGAUAAAAAAAGAUUGCCUGCGGUUUGAUCGUUGCAGACAUUAUAUUGUACGUUAUAAAAUCUAAUAAGAGUGCGUAUCAUAAUAUGUAUACAUAUGAUAAAUGAAAAAACAAAAAAAAAGGAACAAGAAGACGACGAAAGAAACCAAACAAGAAAGAAACCAGAUUAUUUUUAUUUGUUCUGAAAGUUGAAAAAGAAGAGAGAUAUAUAGAAAAAGAAUUUGAAUCAUGAUUAUAUUCGAGGGUAAAAAAUAAUAACUAAAAAAAAAGUAACAAUAAAAUAAUUAGACAAAUAAAUGAAGAAAUAAAUCAAUACCAAAUACCUAUAUACUGUAUUAGUUGAGAAACGUAACUUGUGUAGAUAUAAUCUAGAUCAGGAUGACACAUAUAUAUAUAUGUAUGUAGUUGAAACCAAAAUUUGAAUUGACUAUAUAUUCCUAUCUUAUAUUGCAUAAAUUAAAUUAUAUAUAGUUGAAUAACUGAAUUUAAUCAACCUUAUUCUGUAAAACGUAAUACGUGAAUUGAAUAAAAUCUUUAUUUUUGGCCUG